CAUCUUCUCUACAACUUAGUUGAUUGUUUUGUUUGCAUAGCUUGUGUUUGGUGUUAUCCGCUGCACCCCACGAACUUACUAUUGGUAUCAGAGCCUGGCAAGCUUAAGUUGUUAGCUUGAUUGAUCUAUCACCAUGGGAGAUAUUCAAGAAGGUGCUAAUGUUUUUAGACCUCCACUAUUAUGCGGCCAUGAUUAUACUUUUUGGAAGUGUCGAAUGAGAGCCUUUCUCAAGUCUCUUGGUGGACAGGUUUGGAGAAGCAUAGAGGUUGGAUGGUCAGCUCCUACUAUGACCAAUGAAGAUGGAGAACUAAUUCAGAAACCUUAUGAAAGAUUUAACAAGAAAGAAAAGGAUGCCGCAGAAUCGAAUGAUCAAGCCUUGAAUGCAAUCUUCAGAGCUGUUGACAGAAGUCAAUUCCGUCUUAUCUCAAACUGCACAGAGGCGAAGAGAGCUUGGGACAUUUUGCUUAUUACUCAUGAAGGCACUACAACGGUCAAGACAGCCAAACUUCAAAUCGUGAUGUCUAAAAUUGAAAAUCUUAAGAUGGAGGAUGCUGAGUCUAUCACAAAUUUUCAUGGGCGGGUUAGAGAGUUGGCAAAUGAAGCUGAAAGGCUUGGUGAACCAAUUAUAGAAAAUAAACUGGUGUUGAAAGUGCUACGUUCUCUUCCAGAAAAAUACUCUAUGGAUGUUAAAGCUAUUAGACAAACACAAUCUCUCAAUGUUAUGUCUCUUGACGAGCUGAUGGGGAACUUAGAAACCAUUGAGUUGGAGAUGCAUGAAGAUCUACGACGUAAAAAGCAGCAUGUCAUCCUCGUUGAAAAAGAGAAGCAGUGUGUUAAAGACAGUGCUGGAACAUGCUGUGCUUUUCCAACUUUCCAUAGUGUUGACGGUGACUCUGAUAGUGACGUGGAUCCAAAGGAGAUGCUUAUAAUUGUUGAAGAAAAAUUUCAAGAGUCUCUACGGGUCAACAAGAAAAAAUGUUUGGAAAAUGAUAGCCUCAAACGUGAACUUGCUGAAUCAAAACGCGAUGUGGAACAACUCAUCAAAGAGUUACGGAGAUACAGAGGUAAAGUUACAGCAGAGGAUGACAUAGAGGAUGAUACAGAAGAUGACACAGAGGCUGACACAGCAGAAGAGCUAGCUAUUCUCCAAAGGAAGUGGGUAGAACUUGUUCAAGCCAACCAGAAAACUGUCUCGGAGAACCAUCAUAUUGUUGCCAAGCGAAAUAGACUCAAAGGGGAUAUUUCAGAAUUAGAAAAGAAGAUUGAAGAACUAAAAGGGCAACAAUCAGAUCUUAAGCAUGAAUUAAAUCAACUCAAAAACUUUCACAAGUGGAUGAGAAGUGAUGGAGCAAAAGCUAUUGAGGAACAAGUGAACGUUUCAAAAUUUUAUGGAGACAAGACGGGUCUUGGAUUUUCAGGUGCCAUAGCCAUUCCAAGAAUUAUUGCAUUUGUGGGUUCGGCGAUAGGUGUAUCUCGCAAAUACAGAAAAGGCAGAAUCCAAGAAUGUCACAUGUAGUCGGAAUAGAUCCAUUGUUCAUAGAUUAUGUGAAAAAAUUAAAUUUAAUAUAUGAUCAAUAAAAAAUGAUAAAAGAAUAUGUGUGAAAAUAGUGAGUGGGAAGAGGUAUUUAAGUAGAUGAAAAAAAUUGAUUUUUUUCACCGUUAGAAACGAAAAUUUGACCGUUCAAUGGUCGAAAGUAAUGGGAAAAAUAUGAGGGGAAACCUGUCCUUUCUCUUCCCGCUAGAGGGAGGCGGUGUUCCCCUUCUAUCCUGCAUGGCACGCGGUGCUUCCCACCCAGCGUACCCUUCCUGUCCUUUAUCCUUGGAGCCUAACAAACUAGAGGAUCUGAUUUGGGCAUGCUAAAGUUCAAGAUUUUUUCAAAGAAAGCACAACUAGGGCU